AUGGCAUUUGUCACUAGCGGUCCAUGCAAUGGCCCUAUGCAGGACAUCUGGACGAAUGCAUGUGUCCCUCAUGGAGAUCUGACGCUCAUGCGAACAAGCUCCCUUGGGGGGGUACUCCGGCAAGGCGCCUUGAUUUGCCUUGUUUCUGCUUCAGUUCUUUCCUUUGGCGAAUCACGCAAAACAGAAAAGAAAAAAUCGCAUUUCAUUCUAUGGUUUGCCCCACCGCGGCAUCAAAUAACUUACGGAACCCCUUAUAUAUGGGACUCGCCACACCUCUACUGCAGUGGCUAUAAUAUCAUACGACCCUGGUCGGUGGCGUCAAGUUCCGAGUUUCAGCUACCACCUACGUAUCGCGACGCUGUUGUGGAACUCACAAGGCACGAACAUCUCGAAUGGAAGAUGGAUCUUACCGUGGACCGUGCUUCAAAACACAAAAUUUCACACUGGGACGAGGCAAGCAACUGCAAGGAAAAAUCUCCGAAGCGGAGAAAUAAUAAAUUUAAAGCCUGGGUCGUCGUCAACGUCAACAUCCAAGGCGACUUAGCGCCCUGGGGUGGGCCGUGCGGAAACUGUACAGCGCUCAUAUUUAUGUACAUUGUUUUUGAAACAGUUCAGCGUCAGGAGUCACAGCAGCCGGCGUUCUUAUUUGCAGGACUUGAUAAUGCAUACGAAUUUCAACGUUGCGUACUGAGAGCCGAGGCACAAAAGGAUGCCCUUGUUGGGGCAAAACGAAACCCACGUACCGGUCUUCGAUCUGACUUGAAUGAUCGCGGUAACAAGGUCGCAUGCUUCCCUGAUUCUGUCAUAUCUUUCACUCGUCUCAUCACUCUAAUCACUCGUGCAUCACGUCGCUCUACCUCGCUUCGUAUUUCGAAAGAAUUCACGGAUACGUCGCUCGAAUAUCUAUCUAUUCGGAACCUAGGACUUGCCACGGGCGCAGCACCGACGAGGGAUGUCGCACGGAUGAUCUAA